AUGCCGUUUGAAGCCAGAGGUUUUUAUAAAAAUAGUCUAACAAGACGAGGUGUGGAGAAGCAGCUUGAAAAGCAACACAUCUUUACACCUGACCCUGAACAAAAUGAAGAUGAUGAUUUGGAUAAUGACAAUGAGGAUGACAUUCAACAGGAUCCUCAAUUUCAAAUUGAUGAGGAAUGUCUUGAUCCUGCUAGUGAUUCUAGUGCCUCUAAAGAUGAACAUGUACAAGCUGCAAGAAAAACAGUGAAAGCAAAAGACAAUGGCAAAGCUAACGUCAGAUGGAGGCAUAUGAAGCCAGUUACUGUGGAUUCAUCAAUUAGCGGUGCUGCCUUUCCAACUCCACCAGAUGAGAUUCCAUCUCCUGUAGAGUAUUUCUAUUCAUUGUUUGAAAGAAAGUUGAUGAGCCAUGUAGCUGAACAGACAAAUUUAUAUUCUGUUCAAUGUAUAGGAAGAUCGAUCCAGACAGACGAAAAAGAAAUUGAGCAGUUUUUAGGAAUUCUGAUCAUGAUGGGAGUAAUAAACUACCCUCAAUAUAGAAUGUAUUGGUCACCAGAAACACGAAUUCCUCUCAUUGCUGAUACAAUCAGACUGACCAGAUUUGAGAAUUUGAAAAGAUUCCUGCAUUUUAAUGAUAAUAGCCAAAUAACUGGAAAUAGAGAUGACAUAUAUAUAGCUAAUACAAAGUACGACUCAAUUCUUAGCAAAUGCAGAAACAUACCCCCAGAAGAAUCACAUUCUAUUGAUGAACAAAUGAUUCCUACAAAAUGCAUGUCAGCUCUUCGAUAA